AUGGAGAAUGAUAGUGGAUUUCAGGAAGGAAGUUCAAGUUCGACGAUAGCGGGUAACAUUUUGGGGGAUGAAGUUGAGAAAAGUCAGGAGAUGAACCUGAGGAAUAGUUUGGAUAGGUUGACGAUUGAUACACUGAAGGUAGUAUGUAGGGGGGAAGGUUUAUCUGAAAAAGGAAAUAAAAAGGAGUUGGUUGAGAGGUUGGCAGAUAGGGUACUUAGUAAGGCUAAAAGAAAAGACAGGGUAGUGGAUAAUACUCAGGGUAGGAACAUAGGUGAAGGAAGAAUGGGCUUUGACGCAGAAGAAAGGUUGCAUGAUAAUAUUGCUAGGAAUAGAUCUUUGGAUAAUGUCAAUGGAGAGGGUAUAGGGUCUGAAGGUGCUAGGUAUACAGGGUAUGGGGCUAUUUGGAUUUCGAUCAGCAUUGGAAGGUAUAUGGAUAAUGCUAUCUUGAGCAAUAAUUGGGAUAUAAUAUCAAAAGCAAGUGAGGUAGUAGCUAUGAGAGCAUUUGUUUUAAGAAUAGCGAAUCAUGAAGGAUGGAAUAUUGCAGCAGAAAUUGGAGAUAAAUCUUCAGAUGAUCCUAUAGAAGUUCUUUUUCAUGAUAAGCUAACAAGUGCAAGACAAUCAGCUAAGAAUAAACGACAGAGGAUAGAGAAUAAACCCGUGUUACCAGGACCACCAUUCAAUAGCUCACCUAUAGGAGUGGCAGCUCUUGCACCUAACCAGUCAAGGUUUAGCCCAGGAGUAGGACCAUUCUUUAGUGGUGUUCCUCAGGCUUCAUAUCAAGUGCAAGAAUGGGGUAGAGAGUAUACCGAAAGGAGUAGAACAAAAGGAAAGGAAGAUGGUAGGAAGAGUGCAUCAGCAGUCAUUAGUAACCUAUUGGGAGGAAAAAAUAAAACUAGCGGCAGUAGUAAUGAUGUGGUUAAAGGACAAAGUUCUGCUGUUUGUAAAGGGUGUAAAGACAUUAGCUCAAAUGGAGGUUCUGAAACAAUUCAGGCUGACAAAGGACGAGUUGGAUUAGAAGAAAAUGUGUGUUCGGCAAAGGUUGAGAUGGUAAGAAUGUUUUUAGGAUGGUUAGAAAUGACGAGAAAGGUGUCUUGUAUGCAAGACUGUUUAAGAGCAAUAGCGAAAUUGCAUAAACAAAAGAGGUUUGUAAAUCCAGUAGAGAAUGUGAAUGUAAAGGAGGUAGUGAGAGGAAUUAAAUUGGUAAAAGCUCAAGAUCGUCAACUCGACGCAAGUCUAGCUAUUCGUAAAUCCCUUCCACCCACCCGAAAGGACAGGUUAGGCAGGAUAGUGGAUAGCCCGGAUGAACAAUCCGGAUAUCAUACAGUGAUAGCGGGAAAUAAGCAAUAUAAGAAUGAUUACAAGGAGAAGGUUAGGAUCGAUUCUAGAAAACAGCUGGUGACCACGUGA